AUGAGCUCGCAGGGCGGCCGCGGCAGCGGUGGGCGUCGCGGGGCGGACAGCGGGGACGCGGAGCCGCCGCCCCCGUCGGCGCCGCCCGGCGAGCCGGCCCCGGGCCCCGCGGCGCCGCGCCCCCCGCCGCCCGCGUCGCCGCCCGAGUGCGCGGCGGGGCCGGUGCGGCCGCCGGGGGAGGUGGCCCCGCGUCGCCGGGCCACAGACGAGCGCCCGCCGCCGCCGCCGCCGCUGCCGCUCGCCGGCCGGGAGGCGAUCGCGGCUGGCGACUCCCGGGAAGCUCCGCGGGGCCUCCCGGAGGCGGCGGCCCCCGAGGCGGCGGGGGGCCGGGGCGGCCCCGGGCAGCCCGAGGCGGCGGCGGCGGCGGGCGGGGAGGGCGAGCGGCGGGGCGCGGGCGAUCAGCAGCCCGAGACGCGCUCGGUGUGCAGCAGCCGCAGCAGCAGCAGCGGCGGCGAGCGGCGCGCGGGGCACCAGCACCAGCACCACCAGCCCAUCUGCAAGAUCUGCUUCCAGGGCGCCGAGCAGGGUGAGCUUUUAAAUCCCUGCCGCUGUGACGGAUCUGUGAGGUACACACACCAGCUCUGCCUGCUCAAGUGGAUCAGUGAGAGGGGCUCCUGGACGUGUGAACUCUGCUGCUACAGAUACCACGUCAUCGCCAUUAAAAUGAAACAACCUUGCCAGUGGCAAAGCAUUUCUAUAACACUGGUUGAGAAAGUUCAGAUGAUUGCUGUAAUCCUAGGAUCCCUGUUCUUAAUAGCGAGUGUGACUUGGCUCCUCUGGUCAGCCUUCAGCCCCUAUGCAGUGUGGCAGAGGAAGGACAUCCUCUUUCAGAUCUGCUAUGGAAUGUAUGGUUUUAUGGAUCUAGUGUGCAUAGGUCUCAUCGUCCACGAAGGAGCUGCAGUGUACAGAGUGUUUAAGCGCUGGAGAGCUGUUAAUUUGCACUGGGAUGUCUUAAAUUAUGACAAAGCCACAGACAUCGAGGAAAGUACCCGAGAAGAGUCGUCCACAAGCAGGACUUUAUGGUUACCGCUGACCGCUCUGCGAAACAGGAACUCUGUGCACCCGAUGCAGCUCACCUCGCCGAGGUUUCAGUGCGGCUACAUGCUGCUGCACCUGUUCAACCGGAUGAGGCCCCACGAGGACCUGUCGGAGGAUAACAGCUCCGGGGAGGUGGUGAUGAGAGUGACCUCCGUGUGAUGGGCGCCCUCCCACGCCGCCCGGCCGGCCGCCCUGCACAACCCGGAAUGUAAUUGCAAUGAAUGGCAAAAAAAAAACCCCAACCACACAGCAC